UCAUAAAUUGGUGAGAUAUUUAAAAAAAAUCACAAGGAUUUGAAUGACAUGUUUGAUGUUUAAGGAUCAAAUAUGAUGUGUUUCCUGUAGUAGUAGUAUUACUCUUGUGAUUGUUUUUUGAUGAUUUGCGCAAUUUGUAUUUCAAUUCAUUAGCGUGGGAGGAUUUGAGAAUAUGUUGAUUGGCAUGUGUUAGGUAAACUAUUGUCAUGCAUAUGUGAAAAUUUGUGUUCUUUAAGAAAAUAUGAAGCAUGUUAGAUAUUGUUUCUGAGAACGCUCAUAACCCGAAAUUACCUAUAACCCGACCCAAAAUCGAAUUGGGUCAAUAUUUGACCCAAAAUCAGCCAACCAAACAUGACCCGACCCGUAACCGAAAUCCCUAACCCAAAAUUACCCAACCCGACUCGAUUGUCGGGUCUAUCCGAAUUUAUUUAAAACGAGCCAAUCCGAAAGCCAACUUCAAUAAAGGCAGAAUGGUUCUCUUGGUUUUCACUAUGAAAUGGUGUCUCACCCACAAUUUUUUUACUGUUGUUUUCUGUGGGGACUCUCAAUUGGUCAUCAAGGAUGUGACAUUAAAGAAGACUUCACAUUCAAGAGCGGGAGCUAUAUUAGAGGAAGUUCACUCUCUUCUUUCCUCCUUCCUAUCUGUCUCGUGUCUUUUUGCUCCUCGGAGCUUCAACAGAGCUGCCCACCUCGUGGAAAAACAGGCUCUUUUAUCGGGAGUCCGGUUGCAUACGGACUACCGUUCUCUUUUAGUGUCUUUCUUGUAAAUGUGUUGACCGGCCAUGCCCUGGGGGCUUAUCUUGGAUAAAAAAAAAAUGCCAGCUUCAAUUUAGGAAGCAUGGGAGGUUGGGUCAUAGACAACUAUUGUGGCGUUUUAUUGUGCGUUUUUUUUAGCAAAGUGGCAAGUGUGACGAGCCACGCUAAUGAGGCUUCCCUGCCUUGAUGCGCCAAUUUCACCAGCAGUGUGAGGAAUGGGAGCGUUUGCUAGUAGAUUGUGCGACUCCGAGUCUGACUCCUAUUUUACAUCCAACAGGGUUGGCUGAGGCUCCUACGAUUGUUUGUAUGUGGGAUGGGGCUACACGAGCUGGGUCUCAUUUGGCUGACGGGAUGGUUCUUUUUGGCCCUCAUAGGGAGAUCCUUCUGGAUCAGGGGACUCAGUUUCGGUCUAUUGAUGAUCCUCUAGUGGUUGAAUCACUUGCCCUCCGGGAAGCUAUCUUCUGGUGUGUGGCCCAUGGCUUCCUGGACGUGAAAUUUGAAGGAGAUGCCAAGGUCAUCAUCGACAAGAUCAAUCGAGCGGAUACCAGAGAUAGUAGGUUGGGGUUAUUCUGGAAGAAAUUGUGCAGUGUUUCGAUACUCACUUUGGGUUUAGUUUACGAUUUGUAGGUCGGAAUAGCAAUAGGGUAGCCUAUGCGGUGGCUAGAAAGGCCUUUACUUUGUACCCGUCUACGCGUCGUUAUUUAAAUUUUCAGGUCUGUCUGAAUUCCAUAAUGUAAUUAUCUUCAUAUUUUGAAUCAAUAUAUGAUUAUUUUUUGUAAAAAAAAUAAAAAAAUUGAGCCACGCUAAUGCCGGUCAUGGACUUUAGAACCGCCUCCGAACCUGAUGUCAUUGUUCCACAGAAUUAGAAUAUAAGUGUUGAAUGGAUAGCUGGAGCUAUUACCAGAAUACUUAGAUAAUUGAAUUAUAGGGUUAUUAAUGAGCCGAGCCGAACCGAGGUUUGCUUGUUCAUGUUUGGUUCGUUUAUAAACAAGCCGAGAUCAUUGUUCAUGUUUGGUUCGUUUAUAAACAAGCCGAACUUGAUCUCGGCUUGUUAAUAAACGAGUUGAGUCGACAGUUGGGACAUUUCAUAAGCUCAAAACGAGACAGUUCAUAAGUUGUACUCAACAAGCCAUCUAAUCAAGCUAGUUCACGAGCCGAACAUAUUUUAAAUCGAAUGAGCUUUUAUCGAGUUAAAUACCGAGCUGCUCACGAAUAGUUUGGUUCAUUAACCGUCAUAGGGACAGAUAACGCCAAACCCUUGGGGCUUACACUCAUUAAUUUAGGAAGCACUAGCAUAACGUCUCCGGCUACCAUGGCAUUUAAUUUUAAAGAGAUAGUUUGAAUGUUGACCUAAAAAUGAAAGAGAUGUUUUUCCAAAAACAAAAAAAGUUGAAAGGAUCUUGUAACAUCACGAACCUUUUACCGAUAAGAUAUUGUUCUCUUAGGCCUAGACCCUCAUGAAUUAUACCUAGGGAUGGUAUUCAGUAACCCGGUAUUCGGUAUGACCGGUUACCGAACUAGUUAUCGAUGGUGUUCGGUAAUACCGUUUAAUUUCAGUAUCGGUAUUCAGCAGUCAAAAAUUAGAAACGUUAAUACCGAAACCUAGUCGGUAACAUACCCACGACUAGCCGGUAUACCAUAAUACCAAAUCAAUUGUUCCUAGUUGAAAAACAUUAGCAGAUUGUCCCCAAAUCCUACCCUAAUUCCUUGCUUGGCCUCCCUGUGUCUGCCUCCACGCAUCGGGCUUCUCUUCUCUGUUUCUCUCCCAAGUCCGAGUUCAAGUCCUGCCUUCCUCUUCUCUUCACCACUCACCACCAGUCUAUGACACAGAGAGGUACACCGUUGUUGCUUGAAGCUUCAAUGGCCACCAAUGAAUCUCUUCGAACUUCAUCCGCCGAGUGAUCUCUGAGUUUGAGGACAGAGAAGCAGCAUAGGGACGACUGACGAGGACGGCGUCCCUCCUGAUAGUGGGGGUGCAGACAAUUCUGGCGGUGAGGGCUAUUCCGACAGGUAUGGUUAUUCCCAAUUCCGACACAUUCGAUUUUGCUAGCUGGCGGCAGAGAUUUCUGUAACUCGUGGACGACGGGGCUGUCUUAUUGCGAGUUGCGAUAUCAAUUUCAGGUGAGAAUUCCCGGUCGGAUGUGUUCUCUCCCUCCCUUCCACUACUGAUUUGAUCCUUCCCUUCAUUCUAAUUCGAUUGAAAAACUUGAAUGAUGAAUUAGUUCCAAAACACAACAGCUCUUGUCGGUUUUCAGGAUACCGGAUAUUACCGCUUACCGACUAUCCGGUAUACCAGUGUAUCGACUAAGAUCUGGUAUCAGUAUUCGGCAGCCACAAUACCAGAACCUGGUAUACCGAAUACCGGAUCGGUAACCGGUAUACCAGAUACCGAUCGAAUACCAGCCCUAAUUUAACUUAGGAUACUUAUCAAGGUGACUUACCAUAAGGUCACUCAUCAUUACUGUGCUACACUAUGAGCACGUUUAACUUGGGAGUUCUUUCAAGAACUCCUCCAUUUCAUUCAAAAACACGUCUUGUUAGUUAAGUUCGGUUUCAUACUUAUGAACCGUGGAUCUCUCCCUGCUUUGUCGAUGUGGGAUUCGCAGAGGGUUUAUUUCAUUCUUAAUCUUUCUUUCCAUGAGUUUGUCCGCUACAACAACAUGUAGUCGACGAAGUGAUGAACUUGCAUUAGAGAGAAGGGUCGUUGAGAAGAUGAUUUCUACGUUUAACCUUCUCUCAUGACUCUAUUGGUUCAGUUUGUAGGGCUAGUUGAACCUUCUGUUGUUUUUGAAGAAGCAACUUUUGGCUUGAGUUUUUAGAGAAAUAUUUAAAUAAACAGUUGAGUGUUUGACUGUAUUUUUUAAUUUUUAAUAUAAGAGGUCAUGUAAAAUGACUAAAGAUUAUUUCUAAUUAAAAAUAUUAAUAAAAAUCUAAAAAAUUAAAAAGUAGUCAAAAUGAACUUUGUGAGGUAUUUUUCAUAUUGAAUAAUAUUAUAUCAUAAUUUAUUUAAUUUUUAAAAUGAUAUAAAAAUUAUUUUUUCUAAAAAAAAUAAAAUAUGGCAAGUAUAGUUUUGUAUUUUCAAAACUUGGCUUUUCACAAAAAAAUAUUUGGAACUUAAUACUUUUUUAAGUUAUGAAAAACACUUUUAACCUUUUUUUAAAAGCCAAACUUUUAAAGAUGUUUUGCUCGACUUCAACUUUUGAACAAUAAAAAAAAUAUAGGCAAAACAUAGUCGUACUCUUUUUGCUUUGUUUAUUCAUCAUAUAUGGCUCUCUUUUAUAUGGAUUUCGGGAAUGAUCACAGGUUUGAGGCGCUUCAACUCGCAUUGACCGGGUCAAAUUAGAUUGGAUACCCAUGGAUUUUGGUUCAAUUGUCCUUUUCAACAAAACAAAAAAGAACACUAAAACGGAUAAAACUCGCUCCAGAUUUAAAAAUCAUCAACACCAGGUUCAACUCGCUUUGACCGAGUUCAAUCGAGUUAUUAAUAAAUUCACACAUGACACAACCCGCCAAUCAGAAAGCGGAUAAAACUUGCACCUGUUUGAAAACUUGUAAACACCAUAUUCAAGUUGCUUUGACCGGGUCGAAUUGUGUUGGACACCCAUGUGUUUGGGUUCAAUUGUCAUUCUCAACCAAAAUAAAAAAGAUAAAUAAAGAAAACCUAAAGUG